UUACCUCCAAACACAGGCUGUCUUCAUAUUGAUAGGGAUUGUUCAGCUAUAUAUUGCCAUGAAUCAAGCAGUGACAUAUACCAUCCUUUUCAAAAACGUGAGCAGCUGAGAGCUAGCAGGUAUAUCAUGAAACACACAUCAGAGGUUAUCUGUGAGGUCAUGGAUCCCGAAGGAAAUACCUUUCAGGUCAUGUCUGAUGGUAGUGUAUCAACCAUCCUACCUGAAAACAACUUGGAAGAUGAUUUAAAUGCAAAAGCUGAAGGUUAUGACAGUUUGUCAUCCACUCACCUUCAUAAGAAUCAUCUGCAAAUCUAUGGUGAACAUGUCCCCAGGUUUUUUGUUAUCUAUGCUGAUGGAUCAGGAGUGGAGCUUCUUCGGGACAGUGACAUAGAGGAGUACCUCUCCUUGGCAUAUGGAGAAUCAACUACCGUAGUUCUUCAAGAGCCAGUUCAGGAACAACCAGGUGCCCUGAGCAUUACCGUCCUUCGCCCUUUCCAUGAAGUGUCACCAUGGCUAAUGAAGCAAGAACUAGAUACGAUUGUUCCUCCUAAUCUCCAGUCAAGGACAUGGGAAACUUUUCCCUCAGUUCAGAAAAAAACUCCAGGACCUCCGUUUGGCACUCAGAUUUGGAAGGGCCUUGACAUUGACUUCAAACAGUUAGUGAACACUCCAGCCCCUAUACUGAAGAGCCCCAAUGUGCUACAGAUACGCCAGUUCAUCCAGCAUGAGGUCAUAAGGAAUGAGGUGAAACUGAAACUGCAGAUUUCCCUGAAGGAUUAUAUAAACUAUAUUCUAAAGAAAGAAGAUGAGUUGCAGGAAAUGACAGUUAAAGAUUCCAGAACUGAGGAGGAGAGAGGCAAUGCUGCAGAUCUCCUCAAGCUGGUUAUGUCUUUCCCUAAAAUUGAGGAAACUACAAAAAGUCAUGUUACUGAAGUUGCAGCCCACCUAGCUGAUUUAUUUAAGCAGUCUUUGGCUAAUGCUACAGAAUGUCCACCAGAAACCUUUGAGACAGAUUUCCUUGAAAAGAAAUUGAGGCACACAGAGACAACAAAGCACUGGAAAGAAAAGUUAGCUGAAAAGAGGAAGGAAAUUGAAAAAACACAGAACUAUCUAAAGGAAAUUAGGAGCAAAGUAAUAUCGCCCUACUUCAAAUCUGAACUGAGCCAGCUUUAUCAGUCUCAGUUUAAUUAUCUGGACACCCUUUCCAAAAACUUGCCUCCUUUUGCAAAGAAAGACGAGGAUGCAAGCAAAGAAGCUGCUCAAGAUAUAUCCAGUCUUCCUCCAGAUUCCCAGAAAAAUAAAGUGUCAAAACAGGAAUCCUCAGAUAUAUUUAGUGUUUCAAAAUCAGAGAACCUUGAGGAUACCAAGGAACCUGCUAGCCAAAAGCAAACUGAAAACUUAACAGUAACUACCAAAGCCCUGCCCCAGCCCUGA